AUUGCUAACUUAGCAAGAAACCAGCAAAGCCAGGUGCUCUGUCACCCGAGCUGCCCGCAGGUUCACGUGCUCGAUGCUCUGUUUCACAAGUCCUUCCCCAUUUCAUUGUUCAUUUCAGGCCAUGGAGAGAGAGGUCACUGCCGCAUUUGCCAAUGGUCAGCCCGAGGAGAUCAUGAGCACUUUCUUCAAACUAAAGGUCACUCGUGAGGACAUCCAGACCCUAAGGAACCUUUGCUGGCUAAAUGAUGAGGUCAUUAAUUUCUACUUGCGUCUCGUGGUGGAAAGAAACAAGAAGGCAGGAUAUCCAGCAGUCCAUGCUUUUAGUACUUCUUUUUAUUCCAAACUAAGUGCUUGGGGCUACAAAGCAGUGAAGAGAUGCACCAGAGACAUGGAUCUCUUCCAGCAGGACAUCAUCUUAGUGCCUGUUCACUUCAGGUUGCACGGGACACUGGCGGUCAUAGAUGUCAGAAAGAAGGUCAUCAAACACUUUGACUCCGUGGCACAAAAAGGAGACGCUAUUUGUCGCAUUUUGCUCAAAUACCUGCAAGAAGAAAGCCGCGAUAAAAGACACGUGGAGCUGAAUGUGUCCGAGUGGACUAUUCACAGCCUGGCAGCACAU